UGCCAGCCUGCGCGCCCCGGGCGGGCGGAGAUGGAGAAGCCCAGCCCGGUUCUCCACUGCUGGGUUCCCGGCCCGAACCGCUCACAGCUUCCAAGCCCGUGACGUGGCGGCGCUGAUCGAGACACAAAGGCCGAGUCCCGGGGCCGCUGUGAGCCCAAUCGCCAUGCGAGCCGGUGCUGGCUGCCCGCUGCCCCAGAGGAGCCGGAGCGCCCACUUCAGUCGCGGUGCGCCGGUCCUAGCCCAGACUGCAGGCUGGUGGGCGCCGCGCAGGUGAAGGCAGACCCCGGCUCGGGGCUGCAGAGACUAAAGCCACCCUAGCUCCGGUGUUGCCGCCCCAGGUGCGAAGCCGGGGGUGCCCAGGGGACCGGGACUGGUUGGCUCGGGAGCCUUCCGGAGGCGCGGCGUUGGAGGCCGUGCGGACCAUCGCCGGAGAGCAGCGCGAGACCCGCGGGGCAGAGUGGGCCCGGCGCCGGGACCGCCUCGGAGAACUGAUCUGAAGCUUCCCUAUCACCAGUGAGGUCUCAAAAUUCUAAGUCAUGGAGGCCAAUCAGGAGACUUCCCUUUUCUUGGUGAAGAUCUUAGAGGAACUGGACAGCAAGCAAAACACCGUUUCGUAUCAGGAUCUGUGCAAAUCACUGUGUGCUCGGUUUGAUCUGUCACAACUUGCCAAACUGAGAAGCGUCCUCUUCUACACUGCUUGCCUCGAUCCCAAUUUUCCAGCUACAUUAUUCAAAGAUAAGAUGAAAUGCACUGUGAAUAACCAGCAAUCGAAGAAAAUCAUGGUGGCCGCAGACAUUGUGACCAUAUUCAACCUGAUCCAAAUGAACGGAGGGGCUGCCAAGGAGAAGCUACCUACCGGCCGCCAGAAGGGGCGCAAGAAGGAGGCAUCCUUUGAUUCCUGCAGGUCGGACACAGAGAUUUGCAAUGCUGCCGAGUGUGAGCCCCUGAACUGUGAGCUGAGCGAGAGACCCUUCAGCCGGGGCUACCCCACCAGGCAGUCAUCCAAGUGCCGGAAGAUGGAUUGCAAGGACUGCCCGCAGUUUGUCCCUGCCUCAGAGCCUAACUUCUUGUUGGGUGUCAGCAAAGAGGUGAAAAACCGGGCUGCUUCCCUGGACAGGCUGCAGGCUCUGGCCCCGUACUCUGUGGCCAGCCCUCAGCCCUGUGAGAUGCAAAGGACCUACUUCCCCAUGAACAUCGAGAACGAGUCCAUUUCAGACCAGGACUCCCUGCCCAUCAGUCAGAGUAUCAAGGAGACCUUCAUCUCCAAUGAGGAGCCUUUCGUGGUUCAGUCCUGUGUCCAGAAAAGAAACAUCUUCAAAGAGGAUUUUCACAAUCUCAUGACUGUGUCCCCCAGUUUGGUUGAUCCUACCAACAAAGCAGAGGGUGAGCACGGGGAACCCCAGAGUCGAAAGGAGUCCCACAAGCCACCCUUCUUUAAUCACAGCUUUGAGAUGCCCUACCACAGCCAGUACCUGAAUCCGGUGUAUUCCCCCGUUCCUGACAAAAGGCGGGUAAAGCAUGAAAGCCUAGAUGACCUUCAAGCAUCUACGUAUUUUGGACCCACUCCUGUGAUGGGAACCCAGGACACCAGGCGCUGUCCAGGGAGGCCCAGUAAGCAGACCCCAUGGCCAGCCAAGAGCUGGAGCUUAAACACGGAGGAAGUCCCCGACUUUGAACGAUCCUUUUUCAAUAGAAAUCCGUCUGAAGAGAAGCUACGAUACCCAAAUCCCGGCAGCCAGACCCCCAACUUUUCAGCCCCAGACAGGCGCCCCACUUACUUGGUACCGAAGGAUCAACAGCCAAUUCUCCCCAUUGGCUAUGCGGUGAAACAAAAUGGGCUCAAAUCUAAAGAGAUCUCAUCCCCUGUUGACCUGGAGAAGCACGAAGCCAUCAAGAAGUUUAAAGACAAGAGUAUUAGCUGCACCAGCGGACAGCUCAGCUCAGACACCAGUAGCGUGGGCACCCAGACCGAGCAGCACGUCCUAGAAUCCAAGAAAUGCAAAGACUUGUGUGCCUCCGGUCAGGGCAAGUACAGCGACAGGCACCUGAAGCACUCCGACGACGACUCUGAAAUCGUCAGUGACGACAUCAGCGACAUUUUCCGGUUUCUUGACGACAUGAGCAUCAGUGGCUCCACAGGGGUGAUACAGUCAUCCUGCUACAACAGCACCGGGUCCUUGUCUCAGCUUCAUAAGUCCGACUGUGACAGUUCCCCAGAGCACAACCUCACCAAAAUUCCCAAUGGGGUCCCCAACAGCAAGGGAGACAAGGGCAACCGGCCUGAAAACAUCCACCACUCAGAAGAAGAGUUGAAGACCAGUGUGUGCAAACUGGUGCUCAGGAUUGGUGAGAUUGAACGGAAACUUGAAUCGCUGUCAGGUGUCCGCGAGGAAAUCUCCCAGGUCCUGGGCAAACUGAAUAAACUGGAUCAGAAAAUGCAGCAGCCAGAGAAGGUGAAUGUGCAGAUCGAUCUGAACUCCUUGACCAGCGAGGCUCCCUCGGAUGACAGUGCCUCUCCCCGGGUGUUCCGCGCACACAAUGGCUCCCAUGGACCCAAGCUGGAGAGCAACCCGGACUGGUGCUGCUCUGACGCCAGCGGAAGCAACAGCGAAAGCCUGCGCAUCAAGGCCUUAAAAAAAAGCCUCUUCACCAGGCCAUCCUCCAGGUCCCUGACCGAGGAGAACAGUGCCACCGAGUCCAAAAUAGCCAGCAUCUCCAACUCGCCUAGAGACUGGCGUACCAUCACCUACACUAACCGCAUGGGCCUCAAUGAGGAGGAGAUUAAAGAUGCAGGCCCGGGAGAUAACAAGGAGUGGCAUCGAAAAUCUAAAGAGGCUGACAGGCAGUACGACAUCCCCCCGCAGCACCGACUGCCCAAGCAGCCCAAAGAUGGCUUCCUGGUGGAGCAGGUGUUCAGCCCUCACCCCUACCCCACCUCACUCAAGGCCCACAUGAAGAGCAACCCCCUGUACACGGACAUGCGACUGACGGAGCUGGCUGAGGUGAAGCGGGGCCAGCCCUCUUGGACCAUCGAAGAGUAUGCGCGGAACACAGGCGACAAGGGCAAGCUGACAGCCCUGGACCUGCAGACACAAGAAUCUUUAAACCCGAACAACUUAGAAUAUUGGAUGGAAGAUAUUUAUACUCCAGGCUACGAUUCAUUACUAAAACGGAAAGAAGCUGAAUUCAGACGCGCCAAGGUCUGCAAGAUUGCGGCUCUGAUCGCCGCGGCCGCGUGCACAGUCAUCCUGGUCAUUGUUGUGCCCAUCUGUACAAUGAAAUCCUGAGCCUGUGGACACUGCGUUCACGCAGCUUAGGACUGCUGAUGGCUUCCUCUGUGUUUGAAGAGCUUGCAGCAGUGCAGCAACAGUUUGCUGAAACACAGGUGACAUCGUGGAGGCUUUUCUGCAAAUGCUGGGGGGUCUUCAGAGAGUAUAUCUUCUAGAGAGAAAUCGACCUACCUAUUAGCUUUGACUUAAUUACACUCUGAUGCAUUUUUAGAAGUGCAAUAUCUUUUCCUACCAAAAGAAUGUAAUGGACUAUCAGUGAAUACAAAUUGAAUAUUCCAAGCAAAAAUUUAAGAAAAGGAAGAUUAAUUGGAUUCAUUCCAUUUUGAUGAUGUUUUUUGGCGGGGAAUAAGUUAUACAUGCCUCUUAAGGGGCAUCACCCUUACUUAGGUAAGGGUGAUGGGAAAGUGAAAAGAAAAAGAGGGGCGGGCUCUAUUUUUCCUUAAUGCUCUGAGACCAUUGCUGGUGAAGUACAGGGUGUGUGCCCACACGGGAUCUUACUUCUCUGCUGACUUUUCUCAAGGGCUACUGACUUUGCAUUCUUGCCCUUCUACUGUCAUCAUGACAGAAUGUCUGCAGCAUUGCAGAUCCUCGUGGGAACAUUCUAGACCUUCUUCCUUGUGCCCUUGGUAGGAAGGAGCUGCCUGAAGAGCCAGCAUGGCACCAAGGUAUUCGGGCCAGGAGACCUUCCUGUCCCCAGCCCAUGGUGUGGGGAAUCUGCUUGCUCACAGUGUAAGAUCAGUAUUUGAAAAUUGUGGCCACCCCAAAGGAUGUCCCACGUUUGCUCUGGUGAGUGGUUCCUCUCCUUGACUUUCUCUUCUGGUGAUACCAGAUACUCUGCUCUGAAGAGUUUGGAACUUGUCUUUGUGCCUUGAAGAGUAGAGACAAUGGCAACACUUUAACGUUCUAACUGUACCAUGGUUUCCAUGCACCACCAAUUUCAGCUAUUUUCAAUGGCUUUAAAAAGAUUUUGAAAGCUUGUUCAAUACUACGAUAAAGGCACUGAGGUCUUCUCAACUACCCCAACACCUACUCCAGAGUUUUGAAUACUUGUCAGCAGUGCAAAAAAAUUAUAUCUAUAUAACCAUUUAUCUAUCUACCUGUCUAUCAAUAUACCUAAUUUUCAUUUAUUGUCUUCUCUGUUAAGUAAUUCAAGAGCAAGGUUUUCUCCAGUGUACAGGAGCUGUUGUGAGUUCAUUAGAGUUUGAGCUCAAGUUUCCACAUGCUGAAUGGUGCUUUGCCAAUAACUGGACAGAAAGAAUCCUUAUCCACAU